GUCCACUCGGACGUGAAAGACAUGGGUCAGGUGGUUGUGGCGGGCAUGGGUGAAGUGUUGAAGAAUUCGCUCAAGGAGUUCGCACAGGCCCAGGACGAGAAGUUGAAGAAGCACGCCGAGGCCCAGGAAGAGAAACUCCGGGACUUGAAGACGCAUGUGACGGAGGGUUUUCGAACAGCGUGUGACUUCAUCGUCCAACAGGUGGUCUCCCAGGUACAGAGCGGCAUCAGGUCUGCCUUGGACGAAGACAGAGCGGGGGAGACCCGGAAGCGAGGCCCGCAGAGGAGCCAUAGGAUGGGAGAGACGCCGCCUUCCGUCAGCAGGACUCCAUCCAGGCGCAGUCCGCGGAACCACGAAAGCUCUUACCGAAUUUGCAGCGACAACCAAGAAACAUCGGGGUCGCGGGCAGGAUUGACAUUCCGCGACAAUGAGAUCAUGCAGGUUGCGGUGGCUGCAGCCGUCGCCCAAUCCCGCAUGUCGCAGGGCCAGGCUCCCGGUGCCCAACAGACCCCGAACAGCAACCCCUUUGCCAAUGGCAUUGCUGGAGCUGCCGGGUUCAUGCCCGCUAACGACAUGAACCCGAGCGGGGUUCGCGGCGGCGCGAACUACGUGACUUCCCAGGGCAUGGGUGGAUCCGCCGGAGUCUUUCCACAGGGCUUCGCGGGGCCUAGCAGCAACAACCCGUUCAAUGGUAACAUGUUCGGUAGAGGUCCCUAUGGUAAUUGACCUUGGAGUGGUGCUGAUAAUCUGCCUGCUUGGAACUUCGUCUUUGCGGGUCAUAGGUCAGAAGCGUGGCGGGACCCCUGGUGGUGUUCGGUAACAAGGCGUGGACAGCAAAAGUAGCUAGUAGGUUCGCUGUGGUGGCGGUGUUGGUCGAUGGCGGUUUGAAGGAUUACGUCAAUGGCGACCACCGGUAUAGCACGGCCGUCGAGGAAGCAGGUUACGCGGGAACGGGAAGCCUUUGAUAGUGCAGUGUCGAUGGAAUCUCGUGGUUGAGUCGUAGCAGUCUUGCCGUGGAGUCGAGACACCCUAUGAAGUACGCAGCGACAAUCUGGAUUUUUUACAAUACUACGUUGCCACAGGUUAUUGUUCGUUCUGAGGAAAGCUACACAGCAGCAGCCGUGCUUUUAUCGCAAGCACUAAUUGAAGUCACACCGCGGUGUGCGAGCACUAAUUGAAGUCACACCUCGGUGUGUGACAUGCCAGAAACACAAAGCAAACCACCGGCGACAUGCGACGGUCAUCUCUGGGCAUGUUCAUGCGCACC